AUGGACAGGAUAAUACACAAAGUACGAAGGGUGAACCAAGGAUACAGAAUGGGGAACGAACUAUUGAAGAUCUUGUGUUAUGCAGAUGACGCAGUACUAUUUGCAGAUAGUGAAGACGGGCUGCAAUGGUUAAUACAGGCAUUUUACAGGGAGGCUCUAGAACUCAAUAUGGUAAUAUCAAUCCCUAAAACUAAGAGCAUGGUGAUCGCCAGGGAACCCCGCCGAUGUAAGCUGGAGAUAAAUAACAAAAUCAUCGAACAAGUAUUCUCCUUUAACUAUCUGGGCGUAACGAUAUCGCCAUAUGGAAGCUUAAAAGAUAGUGUAAGACAUCAGAUGAAUAAGGCAGCCAGAAUAUCGGGGGCCCUAAGGAAUAUCAUCUGGAAGAACAAUUGCAUGACAACAACCAGUAAAGUGAGAAUUUACAAAGCAUGUGUCAGACCCAUAAUGACAUACGCGGCGGAAACAAGAGCAGAAACAGCUGAAACUAAAAGAAUGGCACGAACAAACGAGAUGCGAGUUUUGAGGGCAAUCACAGGAAACACAUUGAGAGACCAGAGAAGAAGCGACGAGAUCAGAAAAGAAUGCCAGACGGAGGACGUAGUUAGAUGGACCCGCGCGAGAAGAAGGUUCUGGAAUGAACAUGUCUCACGUAUGUCAAGCGACAGAAUAGCGAAAAUCGCGAGAAACGGAAGACCAGCAUCCAAAAGACCUGUAGGGAGACCCCCAAAAAGGUGGAAGGACAGCUGGACCUCAAUAUCUCAAGAACGAGAGGAGGAAAAUGGGUGA